AUGUUUACCAGUGGAGCUGUGCAAAUCAGGAAAGACGCAGAAGCUGAAGUACUCAUGAUAGGUCUGGGAGCCGGUGUCAUAAGCUCGUAUCUUCAUCAUACCUAUCCCAAGAUGCAAAUCACAGUAGUGGAAAUUGACAAGAAAAUGUUAGAAAUUGCAACGAAAUGGUUCGAUCUGGUUCUGGACCGCCGAAACACUGUCACUAUUAUGGACGGCAUCGAUUUUUUGAAGCAGGCUUUUAUGAAAGGUAUGGGACUGCGCUACGAUGUAAUACUUAUUGACGCGUGUACUAUGAAAGAAAACGUUGCAACAAACUGUCCUGUGGAUGUGUUCUACGAGAAGAAGAACUUGGAUAUUCUGUCCAAACUGCCCAGCAGCAGAGGUGUUGUUAUAAUAAAUGUGCUCAACGUCCACGGACGUCCCUACACUGCAGCACAAAAGGUCAAUAACUGCUUACGAGAAAAGGUUUUCAAGCAGUGCACCGAUCACAUUUCCGAGUUUUCUCCAUUGAAUACGAUAUUGACUUGUUCACAUUUCGAGCGUCCUGAAAGUCUGCUGAGGAAGUACAUGAAAUUUGCUAACUAUACCAUAUCCGUUAAUUAA